AUGUCGGAUAACACUGGAACUGUUGCAACAAGGGCUACGACACCUCGCCCUGUACCUGAUAGUCCAGUGAACGCUCCCCUGCGAUCGAGACAUGACCAAUUCCUUGCAAGCUCAGCGGAUCGAGCACAGAGGUCUUCAUCAAAUGGACGUAAUUCAGGAAAUUUUGAUUCGCCACCUCUACCAUAUCAUCGACAGAUACCAUCUGGUACUCUUUUAACUGCUACCCAUCGUGAAUCAUCAGCAUUUGUUCCCGUCGUACCUACUAGAGCAAUGCAUCCAGUUAUGUACCCGAGUGAAAUGCAUCCUGCAUUAAUACCAUCUGAAAUUAUAGAAAGGGAAAGAAUGAUGGACCGAGAAAGGCCGGAACAGUCGAAGAGUUCACCGGACAGAGCGCCCGGUAAUUUUAGUAAAAGGAAUUCAUUCGACUUAAUGGCGAUGAUGGUUGAAAAAAGAAAAGAGGUUGCUCUUAGGGAGGCCGCAGCCGCGAUGCUUUUACCCCACCAUAGAACUCCAUCGAUUGAUGGCAUGAUGUCCGAUGCAUCAUCGCAACCUCCUCUGUAUGGUCCACCUGGUGCUUUUCUUGGGGCUCCGGGACCCUCACCGACAGCUGCCAACAGUUUUAAUUUUCCGGGUGCGGGGUUAUUUCCGCCUGGGGCAGGACCCCAUCAAAUGCACCCACAUCUAGAUAGAAGACUGCUUAGAGCUCCAGGAAGAGCUUCGAGACCGAAGAAACAAUUCAUUUGUAAAUUCUGUAAUCGUCAAUUUACAAAGUCCUACAACUUGCUAAUCCACGAGAGAACUCACACUGAUGAACGUCCUUACUCCUGUGACAUCUGCGGCAAAGCGUUCCGGAGGCAAGAUCAUCUGCGUGAUCACAGGUGA